AUGCUGACUGCCGUCGCGCCUCUCUACCCGCUCCUUGCUAUCCCCUCUCCCCUCCCUUCCUGCAUCACGCCCGUAACCCCUGCUUUCCCUUUCCCCUCUCCGGGUCUCAAACAUGCUGACUGCCAUCGCACUCCCCUCCUCCUGCUCUUCGCUAUCCCCUCUCCCCGCCCUUCCUGCGUGGGUGGCCCCGAGUUCGCGCUCCUCUCCUCCCCUCCCCCACAAAUCCCCGCCCCUUCGUUCACCCUGCCUGUCGCGCCCCCCUGGCAGGCGUGGGUGGCCCCCCUGGCGGCGCAGCAGUGGGGGCAGACGACCACCGCCGGCAUCGCUGACUGCCAUCGCGCUUCUCUCUUCCCCUCAUACCCGCCAUCCCCUCCCCCUUUCCUGGCAGGCGUGGGUGCCGGCCUUGGCGGCGCAGCAGUGGGGGCAGACGACCACCGCCGGCAUCAUUGCCGGCAUGAUGCUGGGGGCCAGCCGUGA